UUUAAAAAAAACAUUUUUUUGUAAUGUUGAAGCAAGCCACGUGGAACGAAUUAACGGAAGACGCGCAAUAAAAUUAACAAAUGGACAUUCAGAUAAAUCAUAGGUGGAAAUAUCACAAGUGGAACUUUAUUUAGCAAAAGCUCAUCAAACAUCAACAUAUACUGUACAACUUACAUCUCACAUAAGAAUCAUCGACAUGAUUUUCUGUUCCUUCAUCUUACAAAUAAUUAUUACAACAUUUUGCUUUAGUGAACUUUUAGCGGAAUAUAGUACAAGCUUGACAUUCAAUGACCUCCUUCCGGAAGAUCCGAAGCAAUAUGAUAAAAUGAGGCCUCCGAAAAAGGAUGGUGCAGCUACAACCGUAUUUUUUCACGUUACCGUUAUGGGGUUAGAUAGUAUUGACGAAACUUCUAUGACAUAUGCCGCUGACAUAUUUUUUGCACAAACAUGGAAAGAUCACAGGCUUCGAUUGCCUGAAAACAUGACGUCCGAAUAUAGAUUACUAGAAGUGGAGUGGUUGAAGAACAUGUGGCGCCCAGACUCAUUUUUCAAAAAUGCCAAAGCCGUUACCUUCCAAACAAUGACAAUUCCGAAUCAUUACAUGUGGCUUUACAAGGACAAAACGAUUCUCUACAUGGUCAAAUUAACGCUGAGACUUUCGUGUGCGAUGAAUUUUCUCAUUUAUCCGCACGAUACGCAAGAAUGCAAAUUACAAAUGGAAAGUUUGAGCCACACGACUGACGACAUGAUUUUCCAAUGGGACCCCGACGUUCCUUUAGUUGUGGACGAACAUAUCGAAUUACCGCAAUUAGCUUUAGUUAAGAAUUACACAGCCGAUUGUACGCAAGUUUAUUCCACGGGCAAUUUUACAUGUUUGGAGGUGGUUUUUGUGCUAAAACGUCGCUUGGGCUAUUAUUUGUUCCACACGUAUGUGCCAACGUGUCUCAUUGUCAUCAUGUCAUGGGUCUCAUUUUGGAUAAAGCCAGAGGCAGCUCCCGCUCGAGUCACUCUAGGAGUCACAUCGCUGCUAACAUUGUCGACACAACAUGCCAAAUCACAAGCAAGUUUACCUCCGGUGUCUUAUCUGAAGGCUGUUGAUGCUUUUAUGUCCGUUUGUACAAUCUUUGUGUUUAUGGCACUGAUGGAAUAUUGCUUAGUUAACAUCGUUUUGGGAGACAAUCCGGUCCCUAAGGCACCAAAAGACAUCAAACCUGAGAAGAACAAUCGAACUACAAUUCGACGUGAUCGAUCGCGCGAAAACUCAAUCGAAAGUCCGCAUCCGGCUUUUCGGCAACUCUCAUCGAAAGCAACGCUGCCAGAGAACACGAUAAUCCUGACACAAACGAUUCCGCCACCCCCCAAGCCACCCUGUUUGUCGGGCAAAUUGACGCCUGCCCAGAUCCGAUUGGGACGCGCCGUCAACAUUGAUCGCUUUUCGCGAGCGUUUUUCCCGUUUUUAUUCACUUUGCUGAACGUCAUCUACUGGAUCAUGUUCUGGGAGUACAUCUAAGAGACCAUCAAAGUCGUUCGCGAAAAAUUUUAGAUUUUAAUCUAGUCACUAUUCACUAAGGUUUUACGAGUAAAUACUUAUUUUAGGUAAUUAAUUGCAAAUAAAGAGAUAGAGAAGAGUUAAUUAUAUAAUUUAUAGGG